UUGAAAUAAGAAGAGAGAGAAUGACUAUACUAGACGUUACUGAUACAUUCAGUUCUGUGAUCUUUUUGAAAAACUUGCGAGAGGUUUUACGGAACAAUGUUACGCUGGUUUAUUUUAUUGUAUUAUUUUGUUUGUUAUAUGUUAAUGAGCUUUGUGACAGCAUCGAAACCAUUGUCGAUUUUACUAAUAGAGCCUGUCGCAUCUCCAAGCCAUCAUGUCUGGACGAUGGCUUUAAUUAAAGAACUACUUCGUAAGGGCCACCAUGUACACGCAGCGAGUAUAUAUAAGCCUAAAGUUGAGGGUAAACUCGCGCAAAACUUGACAUACACUGUUUUUGAAGAAUUGAUAAACACUUUUGACAAAGAGGAAUAUAAUCCAGCUGAGUGGGAAACCUACAGCACAUUUUACAUGACUUAUUUUAUGUAUGAGUGGGGUAUUGAAUCAUGUAAAUCAAUGAUAAAAAGUAAAGAGGCGAAAGAGCUUUUGGAAACCAUUAAGACUGUCGAAUUUGAUGUUAUAGUGCAUGACGUUUCUCUAAAUGAAUAUUUGUAUGGAUUGUGGGAGAUUGCUAAAGGUAAACCACCUGUAGUAGGAUAUGUUCCGUUUGGCCCUGCACCAUGGCUCAAAGAUUACAUUGGUGGUCCAAAUUAUCCGUCUGUUCGACCAUUUCUAACAAGCAUGAUAAAACCCGUAAAUUUAUGGCAAAGAACAUGGAAUGUUUUAUAUUACAUUUCAAGUGAUGUCUUACGACAUUACUAUUAUUUUCCAACUCUUCAACAGUUUGCUGAGAAAUUUGUAGGUCACGCGAUCAGACCAUUACAUGAAAUAGAAAAAGACAGAAUUAAUAUUUUAUUACUUAAUACUCAUGCUGCAUUUUCGUCUGGAAUUCCCUUACCACCAAACACUUUGGAAAUUGCAGGAUUGAAUGUCCAGGCCGUACAACCAAUUGCUGGUGAGGUAGUUGAAUCGCUUCCCGAGGAUAUACGUGUAUUUCUUGAUGGAGCAAACAAUGGAGCUAUCGUAAUAUCUUUAGGAACAAAUGUAAAAUGGAAAACUAUUGGGUUAGAUAAAAUCAAGGCCGUUAUGCAGGCUUUAUCGAAAUUGAAGCAACGAGUACUAUGGAAAUUGGAGAUUGAAGUGCCAUUUCAAAUACCGAACAAUACAAUGAUUGUGAAAUGGAUGCCACAAAGCAAAGUUUUAACUCAUAAAAAUAUAAGAACAAUUUGGACGCAUGGUGGUCUUCUCAGUACGCACGAAGCCAUAUGGCAUGGUGUACCGAUAAUUGUAAUGCCUUUCUUCAUGGAUCAAAAAUCCAAUACACAAAUAUUAUUAUCUAAAGGCAUUGCCGUGUAUCUGGAUUUUAACACUUUGUCUAUGCAAACUAUAUUAGACGCAGUUGAAGAAAUACUUUACAAUGAAAGUUAUAUGAAAAACAUAAAACAAUUAUCUAGUGAAUUCCGAGAUCGGCCAGUACCGCCAUUAGAUUUAGCAGUUUGGGGUAUCGAAUACUCUGUUCGUCAUCCAAAUGGAAGCUUAGCAACACCUCUUAGAUCUCAGAGUUGGGUGGAACAAAAUCUGAUCGACGUUUAUGCAUUUUUAUUUCUUAAUUUUAGUAUAAUAUUACUAACUAUAUUCUUUGUAAUAAAAAUACUGAUUAGUUUUUUUUGUAAUCAAAUAUACGCAUUAAAAUUGCGUAAAAGCAAACAGGCAUAAGCGAAUUAAAUAUUAACAGAUUUUGGAUGUAAUUACGGCUAUUCAUAUUAAUUAAUCUAAAAAAUGAAAAUUAAUGAACAAAUUUAGAAAAUAUAAUAUUAAUUGAA